GAAAAUCAGCAAUAUGGCGCUGCAGAGGUUUUCGUCUUCAUGUUGUCGCUCGUUUCUGCGCCAACCAACUUCACUUGCAGCGUCACUACAAGCAGGCUGGGUUGGGUGGCGUUUAGGAGCGAGAAGGCAUCUGCUGUCUGAGGAUGUCGUCAGACUUGAAGAUUUCCAGCGAAGGAAGCUGGCAGUGGCUCACCUUCUCACUGGAACAGAUGGGAAUUUUAUCGAAUUGUUCGGCCGCCAGCUGCGGAGGAACAGCCUGGUUUUGCGAGACGAGCUCAAGCUGCUGCUCCACUUGUGUCAGUCUGCGGAGGACAUGAUGACGGCCCGAGACGCCAUUUAUAGGUACGGUACGUUUCGCGUCAUAUUCCGCAGGGCUGCCGCUGAGGCCACGACACGGCGUGUUCCCAGGUACCAUGCAGAAAACAGGAACGUGGCGCACGGGGAGUUCAAGUUUGGCCCCGUCUUCAUGAGACUGUGCUACGAGCUGGGACUGGAGAAGAUGGCCGCUGCUACGCUUACCGAUAAGGAAAUGAGAGGCUUUUUCGGCGACCCCACUUCCUUCAACAUCGCCAUAGACAUGUUAUUCGUGAAAGGCUGUCAUGAAGAUGCCCUGGAGGUGUUGCGGUCCAUGAGGAGCCAAAGUGUGCCGUUCAACAAAGACACGCUGAUGCUGGCGUCUGCUGUCUGCUAUAAACUGAACUCGACCGAGUCGCACGCAAUCUGCACGUCGCUCAUUGAGGAGGCUCAGGUCAAAGGGCAUUUUGUCCCCAGGCACGCUUACUGCUUUGCUGUGGCUUUAGCACUCAAACAGAAUGACAUUGAAAAGGCACAACUACUGUUUUCGCAAAUCAUGAGCACAGACAGUCGACUGUGCCAAAACCUAAAGGUUUUGUUACUGGCGAUGUCCGGAGCGACACAAGAGGCCGUCACGAUCCUUUUUUCUGCGGCCAAACUCUCGAAAGGCCCGUCGUUUGUCAGGAAGCCGGAAUUUUCUCAAGAGGUGUUGGAUCAGCUGCGCCUGCGGGCCGAGGGCGGCGAGCGAGCGGCCGAAGCCGAGCGGGUGCUUUCGCAGCUGGAGCGCGCCGGUCGGGUGACGCGGCGGACCCUGGACGACAUGCUGUGCCACGCGCCCUCCCCCAAGAGGAGAGCGGCCCCCAUCGUGGAGCAGAGGCGGACCAGCAGGAGGACCCUGAAGCCGCUUCACUCCACGCUGCUGUCGGAGUGACGUUCUCCGCUUAAUGCUGGACAUCAGUCACCGUGCUGUGUUGCAUAUUCAAAAUAUGGUGAAUUGGAAAAAGAAACGUCUGAAAAUAUGGGCCUCUUGGUUGCGUAUUAUAAUUAAUAUACUGUUCUUUUUUUUUUUUUUUUU